AUUACCUUUAAACAUUUACAUUCGGACGUAAGUGCUGUGUAAAUUUAAUCAAACUGUAACAAGAAUUGGAGAAACGAUUUUCGUGAAGGAUGACGUCAAAAAGGAGUCGAUUGCUGUUCUGUGUCGUCGUGUUCAUCGUUGCCACAGUUUACGGACAGAAAACUGCUAAAAAGGAGGAAGAGAGAAAAGAUGAAGAAUUCAAAUGCCCUGAAGGUCAAGGCAAUGGUAAUUUUGCAGAUCCAGCUACAUGCAGAAGAUUUUAUCAGUGCGUCGACGGCUAUCCGUAUCUAAACAGGUGUCCGUCGGGGCUACAUUUCGAUGAUAUUAGUAAAUUUUGCACUUUUAAAAAUGAAGCACGUUGCGGACCUAUUGCCACAACCCCACCGCCUGUCACCGAACCACCAAUUGACUUAGCAGAGAAGUGUGAUCCCGCGAACUGUCAGCUACCUUAUUGUUUUUGUUCAAGAGAUGGUACGAUAAUUCCUGGUGGUCUUCACCCAGAAGAAACACCACAAAUGAUAAUAAUGACAUUCGAUGGAGCAAUAAAUCACAAUAACUUCGAUCAUUAUCAAAAAAUAUUUGCCACUAAUCGAUUAAAUCCAAACAACUGUCCUUUGAAAGGAACAUUCUUUAUCUCUCAUGAAUAUUGUAAUUAUAAUAUGGUACAAAGUUUAGCACACGAUGGACAUGAAAUUGCUACCGAGACUAUAUCACUACAAAAGGGAUUAGAAGAUAAAGGAUAUGAGGAAUGGGUUGGAGAAAUGAUAGGAAUGCGAGAGAUACUUAAGCAUUUUAGUAAUAUUUCAAUAAGUGAAAUUGUAGGCAUGAGAGCUCCAUAUUUAAAACCAGGUCGAAAUACUCAGUACAAAGUAUUGGAAGAUUUUGGAUACAUAUACGAUAGCAGUAUUGGAAUUUCUCCAUUAAAAGUACCAAUUUGGCCAUAUACUCUUGAUUAUAAGAUUCCACAUGAAUGUAAAGCAGGCACAUGUCCUACUAAAUCAUUUCAAGGAGUAUGGGAGUUACCAUUGAAUGCACAUUAUGUUGAAAGCUACGAAGGAGGACAUUGUCCAUACUUGGAUCAAUGUGUGCUUCACAAUCAUGAUCCUGAGGAAGUUUUUGAGUGGUUGCAAGAAGAUUUUAAUCGUUAUUACGAACAAAAUAGAGCACCAUACAUGAUGCCAUUUCAUACUAACUGGUUUCAAAUAAAGGAACUCGAACGUGGACUGUCAAAGUUCCUUGAUUGGGCAGUAACACUACCCGAUGUGUACUUUGUAACAGCUACUCAAGCUCUUACAUGGAUAACUGAUCCAAAACCGAUAAAAUCUCUGAAUAAUUUUGAAGGAUGGUCAUGUAAAAAGAAAGAAAAUCUUCCUGGACCACCAUGUAACAAUCCAAAUAAAUGUGCUUUAGAUUUCAAACCUACAGAAUCAAAUUUUACUACAACAAGGUAUUUAGAAACAUGCAGGGAAUGUCCUAAUAAAUAUCCCUGGUUGGGAGAUUCAAAAGGAACUGGACUGUACAAUGAUAAUUAUAAUCCUGAAAAGAAAUAGAAAUGUUCAAAAUCUAGAAUGAUAAUUAGAAAGAAUUUAAUUAAUUCUCUUUUGUUGUUGUUUAUAUAAGUAACAUUUAUAAUAAAUGUAAAAUUUUUCUACUUGGAAGCAGUUCAAGGCAAUAUACAAUAUACAUAUAUAAAAAUGACAAAUAUAUUAAAGAGGAAAUGGCAAAUAAACGAUAUAAGUUCUCAAAGAAUUUAAAA